GAUAAGGCGAAAAAUUUCCUCAGGAGGCGCGAAUGGCUGACCAAGCGGCAGGAACGAACGCUGACCGUGGCCGACUUCCUACCGGAUGAAAUCUAUCGCACCCGACUGGACUCUGAUUUGUUCGUGCGACGUCUGCUGGAGGAACGCGAGGCGGACUACUGUGCCUGGAAGACCCUGAAAGUCUUCAUCGGCAGCUGGAAUGUCAAUGGACGACAGGACAGCUCCAUCGCACUGGACGAGUGGAUGGAUUUUACGCAGGGCGAUCAGUCGCAGUCCGAUCAGCCGCCCGCCGACAUCUACGUCUUUGGGUAA